UGUUCUACAAUACUUGGUAGGGCACAUGAAGGCAUCACAUUUUCGCCGUUAGUGCUGUGAUAUUGAGAGGUCAUACAUUUUCGAAAAUCGAAGAAAGAAAACCAGUACAGCCAGGAUGUCUGGAGAGCUGUCCCUCAACAUAAACAUCAAGGAGGCAAGAUGGGAUCAAGGCACUUUUAUGGGGCGCGCCAAGCACUUUUUCAUGAUCACAGAUCCCCGAAACGUCCUGCUGUCCUCUGAGACUCUGGAGGAGGCCCGAGUGAUCGUGGAGAACUACAGAGCCGGGAGCGUGAAGCCUGGCCUGACGGAGGAUGAGCUCUGGAGGGCCAAGUACAUCUACGACUCUGCCUUCCAUCCUGACACAGGGGAGAAGAUGUUUGUGAUUGGCCGGAUGUCUGCUCAGGUGCCAAUGAACAUGUCCAUCACAGGCUGCAUGCUCACCUUCUACAGGACUACUCCGGCAGUGGUGUUCUGGCAGUGGGUUAACCAAUCCUUCAACGCCGUCGUCAACUACACCAACCGCAGUGGAGAUGCCCCCAUGACCGUGAAUCAGCUUGGUGCAGCCUACAUCAGUGCUACUACUGGAGCUGUAGUCACUGCCCUGGGACUCAAGUCUUUAGCUACGCGUCUCCCUCCCAUCGUCAGUCGUUUUGUCCCCUUUGCUGCUGUUGCUGCUGCUAACUGUAUCAACAUUCCCUUUAUGAGACAGAGGGAGUUGAAGUACGGUAUCCCUGUGACAGAUGAGAACGGGAACAGGUUAGGAGAGUCCCCCAAUGCUGCUAAGCAGGCCAUCGUGCAGGUGGUGGUGUCAAGGAUCGGCAUGGCAGUGCCAGCAAUGGCUAUUCCUCCUGUCAUAAUGAACGCUCUGGAGAAGAAAGCUUUCAUGAAGCGGUUCCCAAUUCUAAAUGCUCCAGUCCAGGUGGGGCUCGUCGGUCUGUGCCUGGUGUUUGCAACUCCUCUGUGCUGCGCCCUCUUCCCACAGAAAAGCUCUAUGAGUGUGAGCGGGCUGGAAGCAGAUCUGCAGGAGAGGAUACGACAGACCAGUCCCCACACCACCACCGUCUACUUCAACAAGGGCCUGUAGGACCAGCCAACACAUCUCCAUGCACACAGACACACAUAUACAUUGGUUUUCCAUUGAGCACAAGUGGGAGGGUAUAACAACAUUUAUGCAUUUUUGUCAUGUGUACUGCAGCAUUUUUAUUUUGACUGCAUGGAGCUGCUCCAAGUGUAACAGUGAAGGCCGCUGAUUGUUUGAUCAUUUGAAAAAGAGGAUUCAAGUAAGUGAAAGCAGAACCCUUUAAGAAGGAAGAUCACAUUUCGCUCAGCACAUAUAUGGCACUCCUAAGAAAGAAAAACUGACUGAAUUUUUUUUUAAAAUUAUUAUUGUGGUGUGUUUCUUCUGUCUUCCUUUGGCCAAAACUGCCUAUUUGGUGGCAGGUCAUGAAGUAACUGAUUUGUGUAUCACUCACCGGUAUUUCAUGUUGCAUUCAGGUUCAUGCAAAGUUGAAGCCCUUAAUUGUAACUCCGGUUUAAAAUGAAGGCUUGUGCUUUGUCGUGUUUGUACUUGCUUCUGAAUGUAACAUUUAUUGCCUUACAUCCCCCACUCACUUAGAUUUCCUAGUAUGAUUUUCAUUAUUUUGUUUAAGAAGUACAUAUUAUUUUAAGCUACACUGACUAUAGCAUGUUAGGAUUCCUGCAAGUAUUUAAUCUCCAUCUUGUAGUUAGACUGGAAAAUCCAGUCCGUUGAUUAGCUCUAAAUAGUCCAACCCUUGAUGAAUAACGUCCUCCUAUGUUGUUCUCCUUGUUAACUGUUGCAGCUUCUUACCCUCUUCAGCUCUCCUUUAAGUGUACUUAUAUUCAAUUAUAUUCCCCUUCAUAUUAAAAAUAGGUGCUAAAUACACAUGGUUAAGAAAAUAUGUAGAAAUUAUACUGCAAAAGCUCACAAAGCACAUCCAUAGAGUAUUUCGGUGAACACUAACGAGUGUGGUUUCUGUCAACAUAAAUAUGUACUGUUGCCAUGGCAGCGGCAGCCUGUUUUUCACAGUCUUUUUAUUCACGUGAGAUCACUUUAUGAAGUAGCGCAGUCGCUUUAUUUAGUGGCGAGUUAUUUGCUUGUUGUAGGUGGUGGUGCUUGUUUGGUGGUUGUGUCAGGCGGAGGAAUAUAUUGUGUUGUCUCUACAUGUUGUUGUUAAGGGGAAAUGCUGUGACCUGAGAUUCCUUUUGAGUUUGGCCAUUUGUGUGUGUAAAUGCACCGAAGUGCAGAAGAAGGACGACAAUUUAUUGCUGUUGUCAUGUGAAAGCUUUGUAACUCAGAUUUAGUUGGUUUUAAUGUCCAUGCUUGAACUGGAGGACUGCAUGAGCAGGUUAUAAGAGGUCAAAGCUGUCUAAUUUCAGUUCCUUAAAAUUAGAGAUUAAGGGGUUUGCGUGCAACAGCUAGCUAGUCUUCUGGAAAACUGUAGCUUGCACUUGAGUCAUUAUCCCAUUGUACCAAAUGAACGUAGCUAAUGUUGCGUGACAAAAUACUAAAUGCUUAUUUGCAGGUCAGGGUAGUGGGUAACAGUGUGCGCUCUUUGUUGUUGCUUCGUUUAAGUGGACAGCUUGGCUCAGUUUGAGCUUCUCUGAUCAAAUUCAUUGACUUUGUUGACCAAACGCUCCAAACAUAUGACUGUCCAGUGUGGUUAGUUAGUGAUGAUAGUGUACGUGAGAAAACAGAAGUUGUAUCCCAGUGUCGUCUGUCUGGAUUAUGCAAGAAUAAGUGUAUAUAUAUAUAUAUAUAUCAACAAUUGUGUGUGUGUGUGUGUGUGUGUGUGUGUGUGUGUAUGUAUGUAUGUAUGUAUGUAUGUAUAUAAUAUAUAUAUAUAUAUGUAUAUGUAUAUAUAUAUAUAUAUAUGUAUAUGUAUAUGUUGAGCGGACCUAAAGAUGCAUGAAUGUCUUUCAUCUGGUGACAUAAACAACAAGGCUAUUUUGCUAAUCUAAAUCUUGUUUAUUUGAAUCGUCUGUAGUGUUAAUGAUUGAUUAAAAUGAAAUCCACCGUUGCUGGUGUGGGGGUUGAACUUUUUUUGGCUGCAUCUAUAGUUUGCUUUUCUGAAAUUUGAAAUUCAAUCAUUAAUUUAAAAUUGUGGGUGUAAAGCGACUGUAGCAACUGCACACCUAUUGCAUUUUACAACAAUUGUAUUUUUAUGAAUCAACUUGAGUGCAGACAGAAAUACACAAUGGUUGUGUUUAUAUGUGAUCCUAAAAUUGAAGGGUUUCAUUGCAAAGUGCAAAGUCCAAAAGUUGCCACCUGAAAUUCACCACAUUUUACAUCUACAACCCUAUCCUGAAAGAAAACUUCUUGAUACGACAACUCUUGUUUUGCAUGACUGUGGAUUAUAGGGUGACAUCGGCCUUUAACGUGGAUGUCGUCUUAUUCUUUUUAAAUGACAGAUAUCUCAUUUUGGAAUGAAACUCUUUAUUUCUCAUUUAACACCCUGAAUAACAAUCAAACUAUUUCUUAAUCGAGGCAUUGUUUUCUGUCAUCACUGCUGGUAGUUAUUGUGUGUUGUGUUUGGGGUGUUUUCCUGCUGAAGGUGAAACUGCAUUAUAUAACCUUUGCUGUGCUGCUGUAGGAGCUAGUGUAUGCUGUUUAAAAGGAGCUAUUUGAAAUGUAUAAUAAAGAUUGUAUUUGUUUAUAGUACUGGAUAAUGCUGAAUUAUCUAUGGUCAUGUUAUUGCAUAUUCAUAAUUAAUUCAUUAUCUGGCAGUUUUCAUUGCUGCACCAAGCAGAUUAGUUUCUGCUGCUUUCCUUUAGUCUUCUUCUGCUCUUUGAAUUACGGCGCAAAAGUGUCAAGAACAAAACUGGAGGGUUUUAGUCGACAUUUAAACCCAUUUGUAAACAUGUAUCUCAGCUUGUGACUGAUGUACCACCAUAACAUUUUGCACCUAUAGAUCUAGCCAAAGAUGAGACGGGUUUGAAAUGUACAGUAUAGAGGAGAGGGAAUGUUUAGCUUUUAAAGUUUUCAUUUCAGCUUUAUCAUAUGGACCUUUUGCCAGGCAUUUCUACAAAAAAGAACAUGUUUUUGUGGUCCUCAACCUUGUCAGUGCAAAACUCAACAGCACCAAAAUAUUCAAGAAAGUCAUUAUGUUAUUAACACAAAAGGUCAUAUUUUGUUAUCCAUUUUAUUGACAUAUUUAUAAUAAACUUGUCUUUUCACCACAUAACACUGGUGAAUUCUGCCGCACUGGUUGAGAAUCCACUCAUUUCAAACUGGAUGUGCAUGCCAUUAAAAAAGGUCAAAUCUUUGCAUACUGAAGGCACAAAUGUAAAGACAAUCUGUUAUUGUUACACUCCCAAGAAUGUUUUGGUCAUAUACAUAUGUACAACUUAAAUACAUGCAGUCCUGUCAGUAUUGGUGCACAGUGUUUUCUCCCUCUAUUUUGUAUUGUGUUGAAAUAUAUUUCCUUGAUGUGAAAUGUAUUUUACUCAAGAGCAAUAGAAUAAAAUGUGUAACAUGAAAGUCCAGAGCUGUCUGUUUAAUUUAAUAUUAAAAAGUGUGAUUUAUAAA